GCCUGCGCACUGGCCGCGAGCCGUUGCCUGCAGGAGGUUGGGGCACAGGGCGGCGGGUGGCGGGCGCGAGGCUGCAGAGGCGGCCGGGUGCUCGCAGCACAGCCCCCCCUUACCCCCGCCAUGGCCGGGUGGGAGCAGCCGCUGCCUCGCGAGGAUGGGGAGGCGCCGCUGCCACUGGAGGACGCGGAGCUGGCGCUGGCUGGGAUCAACAUGCUGCUGAACAACGGCUUCCGCGAGUCCGACCAGCUCUUCAGGAAGUACAGAAACCAUAGUCCAUUGAUGAGUUUUGGAGCCAGCUUUGUCAGUUUUUUGAAUGCUAUGAUGACAUUUGAAGAAGAAAAAAUGCAGUUAGCAUGUGAUGACUUGAAAGCCACAGAAAAAUUGUGUGAGAGCGAAGAAGCUGGAGUUAUAGAAACAAUCAAGAAUAAAAUUAAAAAAAAUGUUGAUGGCAGAAAAUCUGCACCAUCCAUGAUUGAUCGACUCCAAAGACAGAUAAUUGUAGCAGACUGUCAAGUUUACUUGGCUGUGCUUUCUUUUGUAAAACAAGAAUUGUCAGCAUACAUAAAAGGUGGGUGGAUCCUUCGUAAAGCCUGGAAAAUUUACAAUAAAUGUUAUCUGGACAUUAAUACACUUCAGGAAAUAUAUCAGAAGAAGUUAACUCAGGACUCCUUGACUUCUGAUGCUGCAAAUGAUAAUCAUAUCUCUGCAGAAGGUGUAACGGAGGAUUCGCUAAACAGGCUGAAAGGUGCUGUUAGCUUUGGAUAUGGACUUUUUCAUCUUUGCAUAUCCAUGGUGCCCCCAAACCUACUCAAAAUCAUCAACCUGCUGGGUUUUCCUGGAGACCGCCUACAGGGGCUUUCUUCACUGAUGUAUGCAAGUGAAAGUAAGGACAUGAAGGCCCCUUUAGCUACAUUAGCUUUGCUGUGGUACCACACAGUAGUUCGCCCUUUUUUUGCUUUGGAUGGCAGCGAUAGCAAGGCAGGACUGCAAGAGGCAAAGGAGAUCCUGCUGAAAAAAGAAGCAGCUUAUCCAAAUUCAUCUUUAUUUAUGUUCUUCAAGGGAAGAAUACAACGGUUAGAGUGUCAAAUCAACAGUGCCUUGACUUCCUUUCAUACUGCUUUGGAACUUGCAACAGAUCAAAGGGAGAUCCAGCAUGUCUGCCUAUAUGAAAUUGGCUGGUGCAGCAUGAUAGAAAUGAAUUUCAAAGAUGCAUUUGAAUCUUUUGAAAGACUUAAAAAUGAAUCAAGGUGGUCCCAGUGCUAUUAUGCUUAUCUAACAGCAGUGUGUCAAGGAGCCACUGGUGAUGUGAAUGGUGCACAGAAUGUAUUCAAGGAAGUUCAGAAGCUUUUCAAAAGAAAAAACAAUCAGAUUGAGCAAUUCUCAGUCAAAAAGGCAGAGAGAUUUAGGAAACAAACACCAACCAAAGAGCUCUGUGUGCUGGCAUCUAUUGAAGUGUUGUAUUUAUGGAAAGCCCUUCCAAACUGUUCCUUUUCCAACCUACAACGUAUGAGCCAAGCCUGUCAUGAAGUUGACGAUUCAUCUGCUGUUGGUUUGAAGAACUUGCUUCUUGGUGCCAUACACAAAUGCUUAGGGAAUUCUGAAGAUGCUGUACAAUUCUUUCAGCGGGCUGUUAAAGAUGAAUUGUGCCGUCAAAACAACUUGUACAUUCAGCCAUAUGCUUGCUAUGAACUUGGCUGUCUUCUGUUAGGUGAUCCAGAGACUGUGCCAAGAGGCAAAACCUUACUUCUCCAAGCAAAGGAAGAAUUCACUGGAUAUGAUUUUGAGAACAGAUUGCAUGUCCGCAUACAUGCAGCCUUAGCUUCUCUGAGGGAAGUGGUUCCACAGUGACAAUAGGAAGUCUUGCGUUAUCCAUUCCUAUGGUUUCUGCACUUUAAGAUGAAGCAGGAGAUAAAGAUGUUGGGAAGACCAGCUUUUCUUCUGAAAACCACCUGUGCCAGAGUUACUAAAACAUUCAGAGUUUCUGACGAAAUAAAAUAUUAUAAUACUGAUAAUUAAACACAAAAUAAGUCAGUCAAAGAGGAUUAAGUGACCUUGUGUUAACUCUCAGUUUUUGUUUAAACCAAACUGCAAAUAAUUAGGAUGUGACUGUGCAGAUGAGCUUACAAUAAGCAUUCAUCUGAUUUAUUGCAACAAUAUUGGUUCACCUCUGGCAGGUAUCAUAUAGCCCUUCAAAUUUUUCUAAAGUGCCCUUUCUAGGGAGAACAACCUAUUUGAUUAAAAUAAUAACACUGUAUAAAGAAUCGGUGUAAGUUUUAAGUUUUGAGAAUAAGAGAGCACUUUUUCUGUAAAAGCCAACAAGAAAGGGGGGACACAAAAGAAGUAAGAUUGUCAGCCAACAUGCUUGUUAAAUCUGUAUUGGCUUAUUUCAAUUACUUGAUGAUUCAUAAAGUUUAAAUUUCAGAAUGCAUCUAUCCUGUUUUAUUUUUAAAUUAUGAAAAUAUUAAGGAUAUCUACUAUUAGUACACUUCUAAUUAUUUAUUUUGUUUGACAUUCAGUUACUAAGUCAUUUAUUUUCUUAAUAUUCUGAAUAGUUUUUGCCUGUUAGAUAUUACAAAAAAUUUAACAAAUUGUUUUUUCCACUCAGGUUCCUAAAUCUUUUGGUAUAAGAAAAUAACUUUUAAACAUAAUUUUAAAGCCCCUUAUUUAAAUAUUUAUACUAAAUGGUAUAUUUUCCUUUACUUCCAUAUAUGGUACGCCAAACUUGUGGUAUAAAAGUAUUUAAAUACCUCAGUGAAUUUAAGAAUCUGUCAUGAUCAUAUCACUUUUAAAACAUGGUCAAAUGUACAGUAACACUAUAGUUCUGUUUACCUGUAAGACCACAAUAUUAGUUCUUUUGUAUAUUCUCAGUGUAAAAUUUAGUUUUUUAUUUUAAAAUUAUUUAGUAAUAGAAGUCUGGCCAGAAUUUUAGUGAAUUUUCUUAUUUUGCAUAGCUGAUGAGACUGAAAGCGAUUAUCAUAGACUGCUGACAGAUGUGGGAGGAGAAAAAAAUGCCCUUUACUUAAAGAAAAUGUGUUUGUUUGACUUGGCUCUGCAGGAUCUAUAUAGAUUGGGUGCUUCAGUGGGGUUUUUUGGCAUUUUUAUCUAAUAACUGAUUCAGUCAGCUGUUAGAUAAAAGUGCCAAAAAAGCCCCACUAAAGCACCCAACCUGUGCAGAUGUUGGGCAAGCCAGGUCCAACUAAUGCGAUGCCUCUUCUGCACAUGUGCAUGGGAGCAUGCGGAGUUUAAUGUAAAACAGUUUUGGGGGGGUGGCUUAAUGUCUGUAAGCGGCAAUAAAGGUUUAUGUUUUCUCUGGUCAGGCAGUCUUAAACAUUUCCUAAAGUCAGACUGAAAUUUUUGUUUCUUUACAGAAUGUCAACUUUUUUUACCUUGCUUGCAUCUAACCUUCAUGGGUUUGCAUCUCAAGGAAGAUUGGUGUGAAGAGGAAAAGUAGUGCUCUUUAUUCAUUAGACAGGGAGAAAAGGUUAGGAUAACCUUUGUUUUUCAAUUAGACAAAGAAUUCUUAAAGUUAGUCUUAGGAGCAAUCAUAUGGCCUACAAUUAUUGCAGUCCAUGAGGGAGAGAAAGACUGAGCCUUAAAUUGUAAUGCAGCUUCACUGCUUGUAGUCUAGUCACACUACAUGUAGUCAACAUGUUUCUCCUUAGAAAGGAUUUGGUAACAUUGAGUCAUAAAAUUCUGGCUUUGAGUGUUCAGCCCUUUACUUGAAUUGGUCAAUUCAGACAAGUAUUGGAUAGAAAUAUUAUUAUAUUGUAUAUAUGAAGCUAAUGUAGAACUUGAUUGUGAUUUAAGUGGGCAUAACAUACUUGAAUUAUUUUAAUUUUUGUUCUAUAUGCUUUUAUUUUUUAAUCAAGGGUAUGGUCCACUCGGGGUAAGUAGCAGAUGAGCAACUAUACAUUAUUAUUAGAAUUCCUUUAAUAUGCACUGUAUAAGCAGGAUACAAGGACAGACUGUUUAGGACACCCAGCACCUGCAUGCAAUUGUAGUGGGUUGUUUAGGGUCCAGAUACCCCAGAUGAAUAGCAGUGUGUACGUGAAAGUAAAUUUACCAAAUGGCUUAUUCUUUUCAUCAGGCCCGUUGCAGUGGUGUAGAAACAGGCUUGUGUCACUAUGUAGACGUACAACAUUUCAGCUCUGUGCAAAUUUUAGUUUUCUUUGGGUCUAGAGAACUGUCACUGCAAUGAAACUGUCUGUUUCUGUAUUUUUCCCCUCAUAGGAGAAUCUCCUAGUUUGUAAAUGUCAAAGUUAUUUUUAUAUUAGAUUGUGCCUGUGAUGAGAACAAUCUCAAUUGUAUUUUACGUAAUCUAAAUACGUUUUUAUACUUUAGAGAUCGGAGGCAUGGUCUAAUAGCAAUAAUGGAAUAUGCAUCUUGCCAGUUAAUAUAUUUUAAGAUUUUAUCUUUACUGGAUCGGGUAUUUUUUUGUUGACGUUGAUGCAAUUUUUAUCUCAAUAAUAACUCGUUUCAAAUAAACAACUAGAAUUUUUAGAAGUCACCAAAAACUGUAUUAUUUAUUGUGGUGUACUGUAAAUGUUGUCAAUUUACAGAACUUACACUUUUAUAUUUCUUCUGAGUAAAGUUAAAAGAAAACAUGGACCUGAUUUUUCCCUCCCUCUUGCUAUUUAUAUUUGCCCAUCAGUUGAUGACAUCCUGAAGAAGAUGCCAUGUAUUGAAAAUCUUCCUGUAUCUUUAAACAAAGCUAUCUGUGUAACAGAGUUCUGUGGUCAGCAGUUACGUCAACUUUUGUUCUUCCAUCAUGGUUAUAGACUGGUUUAGAAAGUGGUGGGUUACACUUGUCAUGUUGAGGUCAAUCAUGGAAUGAACAAGACGAUCUGGCAUGUAUUCUAAAGAUCUUGAUUUUGUUUCCAAAAAUCUGUACUCACCGUAUUCCUAUGUUUUCAAAAAAUGUUUCCAGUUUUCUCUCAAGCAAUCACAUGAAUUUCUUUGCUGACUUUCAGUUCUUGUUUCAUAUUCUAUCCAUGUUUCAUUCUUAAAUAAAAACCCCAAACCUUG